CCGACGAGGACGCGCCCUCCCGUCUGGCCCGGUGAGCGGGGCGCCGAGCUAGGCCUGCCUGCGCCGGGGAAGCGCGCCCGGGGCUCGCCUUCGGGGCUCCCUUCGGAAAGCCGGACUGUGGACUGAAAGCGAGGCAGAGAGCAGAUGGCUACUCCGACAGAUCCCGGUGCCAUGCCUCAUCCCGGACCUUCUCCGGGGCCAGGGCUCUCUCCCGGACCCAUACUGGGUCCCAGCCCAGGACCAGGUCCCUCGCCCAGUUCGGUGCACAGCAUGAUGGGGCCGAGUCCUGGACCUCCAAGUGUUCCGCAUUCCAUGCCCGCUAUGGGACCGAACGAUUACCCGCCAGAAGGAAUGCACCCCAUGCACAAACCCAUUGAUGGUUUGCAUGAGAAAGGAAUGGUGGAAGACCUGCACAACAGCGCCAUGAAGACCGCAAGCAUGAGGCCCCCGCAUCCUGGCAUGGGGCCGCCCCAGAGCCCAAGGGAUCAGCACAGCCAAGGCUACAUGUCUCCCCACCCGUCGCCCUUGGGACCGGCCCCCGAACACGUCUCCAGCCCUAUGUCCGGAGGGGGUCCCACCCCGCCCCAAAUGCCGCCAAGCCAGCCGGGACCCACGAUGCCGGGAGACCCGCAAGCUAUGAGCCAGCCCAGCCGGGGACCUUCGCCCUUCAGCCCGGUUCAGCUGCACCAACUCCGGGCGCAGAUUCUGGCCUACAAGAUGCUGGCCAGGGGUCAGCCGCUGCCCGAAAACCUCCAGCUUGCCGUCCAGGGGAAGAGGACUCUGCCUGGGAUUCAGCAGCAACAGACUCUUUACAAGCCAACGGUUUUUGCAGCACAUGCCAAUGCCCCCCUCCCAGCUGGACCAGGAGCUGCCUCAGGAAUGCCAGCGCACACGGCUGCCAUGGCCCCCAAAACCUGGCCAGAAGGGCAAGGGCCAGAGAUGAAUGUUCCCAGCACCCCUCAGAAACUCCCUGUCCCGUCCCCCAGCGGAAGACCUUCUCCAGCACCCGCCCCUGCGCAGCCUGCAGCUGUCAUGCCAGGCCCUUCGGUUCCUCCACCCGCGGCCGGCCAGCCUUCGCCCAUCGUCCAGCUGCAGCAGAAACAGAACCGCAUCAGCCCCAUCCAAAAGCCCCAAGGGCUGGACCCUGUGGAAAUCCUCCAAGAGCGGGAAUAUAGACUUCAGGCACGGAUCGCUCACAGAAUUCAGGAAUUGGAAAACUUGCCUGGCUCUUUACCCCCAGACCUGCGAACUAAAGCCACGGUGGAGCUGAAGGCACUCAGGCUGCUUAAUUUCCAGCGCCAGCUCAGGCAAGAGGUGGUGGCUUGCAUGCGCCGCGACACGACGCUGGAGACAGCGCUGAACUCGAAGGCCUACAAGCGCAGCAAGCGCCAGACCUUGCGGGAAGCGCGGAUGACGGAGAAGCUGGAGAAGCAGCAGAAGAUCGAACAGGAGCGGAAACGGAGGCAGAAGCACCAGGAGUAUCUCAACAGCAUCUUGCAGCACGCUAAGGACUUCAAAGAGUACCACCGGUCUGUGGCUGGGAAAAUCCAGAAGCUAUCCAAAGCCGUGGCCACAUGGCACGCGAACACGGAGCGUGAGCAGAAGAAGGAAACGGAGAGGAUUGAGAAAGAGCGAAUGCGGCGGCUGAUGGCUGAAGAUGAGGAAGGCUACCGCAAGCUGAUUGACCAGAAGAAGGACCGGCGCCUGGCUUACCUGCUGCAGCAAACGGACGAAUAUGUGGCCAACCUGACGAAUCUGGUUUGGGAGCACAAGCAAGCGCAGGCGGCCAAGGAGAAGAAGAAGAGGAGGAGGAGAAAGAAGGCAACAGAAGACAGUACAGAAGGCAUGGGAUCUGGACUUGGUCCUGAUGGAGAGCCCAUUGAUGAGAGCAGUCAGAUGAGUGAUCUCCCAGUCAAGGUAACUCACACUGAAACAGGCAAAGUUCUCCUUGGACCCGAGGCUCCUAAAGCAAGUCAGUUGGAUGCUUGGUUAGAAAUGAACCCUGGAUAUGAAGUUGCACCCAGGUCAGACAGCGAAGAAAGUGGUUCUGAGUUUGAGGAAGAUGAAGAUGAUGAGGAUUCAAGUAGGCAAGAAACGGACGAAAAGAGACACCUGGAUCCAAACAGCGAAGACGUUCCAGAAAGAGACGCUAAGAAGAUAAUUGAGACGGCCAAACAAGAUGUGGACGAUGAGUAUAGCAUGCACGAAUACAGCGCAGGAGAGUCUCAGUCGUACUACACUGUGGCGCACGCAAUAGCCGAGAGGGUGGAGAAGCAGUCUUCCCUCCUGAUUAAUGGCACAUUGAAACAUUACCAGAUCCAGGGCCUGGAAUGGAUGGUUUCUCUGUACAAUAACAAUCUGAAUGGGAUUUUGGCUGACGAAAUGGGCCUCGGGAAGACCAUACAGACCAUUGCCCUCAUCACUUACCUGAUGGACCACAAACGGCUCAAUGGCCCCUAUCUCAUCAUCGUUCCCCUCUCGACUUUAUCCAACUGGACUUACGAGUUUGACAAAUGGGCUCCUUCUGUCGUGAAAAUCUCCUACAAGGGCACACCUGCGAUGCGCCGAUCCCUUGUCCCUCAACUCCGUAGCGGGAAAUUUAAUGUUCUUUUGACGACUUACGAGUACAUAAUAAAGGACAAGCACAUUCUUGCUAAGAUUCGGUGGAAGUAUAUGAUUGUUGACGAAGGCCAUCGCAUGAAGAACCACCACUGCAAGCUCACUCAGGUGCUGAACACGCACUACGUCGCCCCCAGAAGAAUCCUUCUGACAGGGACGCCCUUGCAGAACAAAUUGCCGGAGCUUUGGGCUCUGCUGAAUUUCCUCCUCCCCACCAUUUUCAAGAGUUGCAGCACCUUUGAGCAGUGGUUCAACGCCCCUUUUGCCAUGACCGGAGAAAGGGUGGAUUUAAACGAGGAAGAGACUAUUCUGAUCAUCCGGCGCCUCCACAAAGUUCUCCGCCCUUUCUUGUUACGGAGGCUGAAGAAAGAGGUCGAAUCUCAGCUGCCAGAAAAGGUGGAAUAUGUGAUCAAGUGCGACAUGUCAGCUCUCCAGAAGAUCUUGUACCGCCACAUGCAAGCCAAAGGGAUCCUCCUCACAGACGGCUCGGAGAAGGACAAGAAGGGAAAAGGAGGCGCCAAGACUCUAAUGAACACCAUCAUGCAAUUAAGAAAGAUCUGCAAUCACCCCUAUAUGUUUCAGCACAUUGAGGAAUCCUUUGCUGAACACUUGGGCUAUUCAAAUGGUGUCAUCAAUGGGGCUGAGCUUUAUCGGGCUUCGGGGAAGUUUGAGCUGCUCGAUCGAAUUCUGCCAAAGCUGCGAGCCACCAACCACCGCGUCCUCCUCUUCUGUCAAAUGACGUCCCUCAUGACCAUCAUGGAAGACUAUUUUGCUUUUCGGAAUUUUGCUUACCUGCGACUUGACGGAACGACGAAAUCGGAGGACCGGGCAGCCCUGCUGAAGAAGUUCAACGAGCCCAAUUCCCAGUAUUUCAUCUUUCUGUUGAGCACGAGGGCUGGAGGGCUGGGCUUGAACCUCCAGGCAGCGGAUACCGUCAUUAUUUUUGACAGCGACUGGAAUCCCCACCAGGACUUGCAGGCGCAAGACAGAGCCCACCGCAUCGGGCAGCAGAACGAAGUCCGCGUCCUGCGACUCUGCACCGUCAACAGCGUGGAAGAGAAGAUUCUUGCCGCCGCCAAGUACAAGUUGAACGUGGAUCAGAAGGUUAUUCAAGCCGGCAUGUUCGACCAGAAGUCCUCCAGCCACGAACGGAGGGCUUUUCUCCAGGCCAUAUUGGAGCACGAAGAAGAAAACGAGGAAGAGGAUGAAGUUCCUGAUGAUGAGACUCUGAAUCAGAUGAUUGCGCGGCGCGAAGAGGAAUUUGAUCUUUUCAUGCGAAUGGACCUGGACCGGCGCAGAGAAGAUGCUCGGAACCCGAAGCGGAAGCCGCGCUUGAUGGAGGAAGACGACCUGCCGUCCUGGAUAAUCAAGGACGAUGCCGAAGUGGAAAGGCUCACCUGCGAAGAGGAGGAGGAGAAGAUAUUUGGGAGGGGGUCCCGCCAGCGCAGGGAUGUGGACUACAGCGAUGCUCUGACGGAGAAACAGUGGCUGAGGGCAAUCGAAGACGGCAACUUGGAGGAAAUGGAAGAAGAAGUUCGGCUUAAGAAACGGAAAAGGAGGAGAAAUGUAGACAAAGAUUCGGGCAAAGAGGAUGGAGAGAAGGCGAAAAAAAGGAGAGGAAGGCCGCCAGCGGAGAAAUUGUCACCUAACCCUCCUAAGCUGACGAAGCAGAUGAAUGCCAUCAUUGAUACUGUUAUCAAUUACAAAGACAGCUCGGGACGACAGUUAAGUGAAGUCUUUAUUCAGCUGCCUUCCAGAAAAGAAUACCCAGAAUACUAUGAAUUAAUUAGAAAGCCAGUGGAUUUCAAAAAAAUUAAGGAAAGAAUUCGUAACCAUAAAUAUCGGAGUGUUAGCGACCUGGAGAAGGACGUCAUGUUGUUGUGUCACAACGCUCAGACCUUCAACUUGGAAGGAUCACAGAUCUAUGAGGACUCCAUUGUUCUGCAGUCGGUGUUCAAAAGUGCGCGGCAGAAGAUUGCCAAAGAAGAGGAGAGCGAGGACGAAAGCAACGAGGAAGAAGAAGACGAGGAAGACGAGUCGGAAUCUGAAUCCAAAUCUGUAAAAGUCAAAAUCAAACUAAACAAAAAGGAGGAUAAAAACAGGGAGAAAGGAAAAGGCAAGAAGCGGCAAAGUCGAGUCAAAGCCAAACCGGUUGUGAGCGACGACGACAGCGAUGAGGAUCAAGAUGAAAAUGACCAGUCGGAAGCCAGCGGAAGUGACGACGAGUGACUCACACGGUCCGAUGUUCAUAAAGGAGAACCGUUCUUCUCUUCCCUCAUUUUGCACCCAGCGAAUUCACUCUGCCAGAUCGGCAUCGGGGCGUUUCUGUAUUUACAUCAUCUAUAACUAGCUUUAGGAUAUUGCCAGACAAACGUUAUGGUAUCAUGGUGUAAAAAAAAAGGAAAAACAUGUAACAUACUGUGACCAAAUGGGCCUCAAAGAUUUAAAAAAAAAAAGCUUUUGAUGGAAAAAAAAACAUGGGUUGAUAGUAUAUUUCUAUGGGUUGGGUUUAACUUACUAAUGGUUUGACAUUCCUGGUUUCAAUAUUUGAUUAGAUGCUAUCAUUCGGCAUCAGAAAGAUUUGAAAACAAUGUCUUUUGUAGCAUUGCUAACCAGGAGAAGCCAUUAAAAGCAACUGGUGAUUUUAUUUUUCAUCAGGCAGUUUUCAAGGUUUUAUUAGUUCUGUAUUUGUUUCUUCACUGUGGUGCAUAUAUACAAUUUUCUUAAAUGUACAGUAGCUAGCCUCUACCCAGUCCUGCCUCAUUCAUUGCAUCAUUUGAUUCUCUCUUGAAAAAGAAAUGCUUUUUGAACUGUAUACAUGAAAUUUAUGUCUACUGUAAACUUUACUUUUCCUUUUAUUCCUUCUCUUCUUUUUUUUCUUGAUUACAAAAAAAGUUGGAUUUAAAAUGCUAUUGAAUAUUGCAAUCUAUAUAGUAUAAUGAAUGGCUUCUUUCAUCAGAUUACCUUUUGUGUUACCAAUGUGGUUUGCCACCUUUCCCCCAAGUGUACUUAAUCUUUGCUUUCUUUGCACAAUGUCUUUGGUUGCAAGUCAUAAGCCUGAGGCAAAUAAAAUUCCAGUAAUUUUGAA